AUGAAAAAUGCUUCUCUUCUCAAGCCUAUCCUUUAUGCUUGUUGCUCUCCUCGUAAACUGGCCGAACAAUAUCCGUCUUUGCCCAUUCAAGACGGCACAUCCAUUGACUUGUUCCCUUUCUUUUAUGCGCUCGUACCUUCUCAAACUUGGGCGCCUCUUUCCACCCACGCUUUCCGCGGGCUGUGCUCCCACAAUCUCGUCCGUGCUCGCUAUUUCGAUCCCCCUCUUGGCUCUUGCCAUUGGCGCAAAUUUCGAUCUUUACCUCUUCCCCUGGUGGCUCGUAACAUUUGGUUUAGUAGUCUCCAGGACAAGAUUUCCUGCCGUGCUCGUCUUCACUCUUUGCUUCCUCUCGCUUUUCCCUCUCCUACCUGCUCUAUUUACCCCUUUUCUCCGACUCCCAAGACCACUUCUUCUUCACUUCUGGAAUUCUUUGGAAAAAUACCUACCCCAACCGUACUACACAAUGCUUUUGGCUUCUUCUCUUUUCCCUCUUUCUUGAACUCGUCUAUUCCCCCUUCUGCCGUCUUUGGAUGCACCAUCCUUGAUAUAUGGCGUCACCAAUGGACUUUCAUCUUUGACGAUUCACCUUUUGUUCCUUCUGCUGUUGUUGGUACGGCUCGCAAGACCUUAACCCGCAUUUGCCAAAGAUUGGAACUCGAUCCUCUCUUUUAA